AUGAACACCACGGGGCGUUACAACGAGCCGCCGUCCACGGUCAACCUGGGGACCGACAUCGACGAUUUCCCCGAAUUCGAGCCUUUCCGAGACGACGCGGAGGACUCGGAGGAGGACGGGGAGCCCGAGCCGCGGGGCCCCGGGGAGCUGAGCGUGCAGGCGGUGGACAUGUGCAGGCACAUCAACAUGCCCAAGCACCGAACCCAAGCCUACGUCACCGACAACCUGGUGGUCCGCCGGGGGCAAGAGUUCGUCCUGCACGUCACCUUUUCCCGAUCCAUCACCCCCAGGGACAGGUUCCGGCUGGAGUUCCUGAUCGGUUCCAACCCCGCCAUCCAAAAGCGCACCCUGGAGUGGGUGACGUUCGGCACGCGGGAUCGGGGCCGGUGGUCGGGUCGCAUCUUGGACAGCCGGGGGCCCCGGGUGGUGUUGGGAGUCACGCCCAGGGCCGACAGCAUCAUCGGAAGGUUCCGCAUGUACAUCACCCUCAUCUACAAAUGGGGCCUGAAGCGCACCAGGAGGAACCCUGACACCGACUGCUACUUGCUCUUCAACUGCUGGAGCGUCGAGGACGCGGUGUAUUAUCCCGACGAACCGGGACGGCAGGAGUACGUCCUCAACGACAACGGCGUCAUCUACAUGGGCUCCAGGGAAAAUUUGCUCAGUCGCGACUGGGUCUACGGCCAGUUUGAACGCGGCGUCUUGGACGCCUGCAUCUACAUGCUGGACGCCUGCCGCAUGCCCAUCACCACGCGCGGCAACGCCAUCCACAUCGUCCGGAAGGGUUCCGCCGUGAUCAACUCUCAGGAUGAAAACGGCGUGCUGGUGGGCAACUGGAGCGAGAACUUUUCCGGGGGCACGGCGCCCACGCUGUGGACCGGCAGCGUGAACAUCAUGCUACAGUACGCCAACACGGGCACCCCCGUGCGCUACGGCCAGUGCUGGGUGUUCGCAGGGGUCUUCAACACCUUUCUGCGCUGCCUGGGCAUCCCGGCCAGAGUCAUCUCCAACUUUAACUCGGCUCACGACAACAACGGCAACCUGAAAAUCGAGCUUAUCUUCAAAUCCGACGGUUCCGCGGACAUGCGCAACACGCACGACUCCAUCUGGAACUACCACUGCUGGAACGAGGUCUUCAUGAGGAGGCCCGACCUGCCGCCCCGACUGAGCGGCUGGCAGGUGGUGGACGCCACCCCCCAGGAGACCAGCGACGGACUGUACCGCUGCGGUCCCGCCUCGGUCGUCGCCAUCAAGGAGGGUCUGGUGGGGCACGCUUACGACGGGCCUUUCAUCUUCGCCGAGGUGAACAGCAACGUCAUCUACGUGACGCGGGACAAAUACGGCAACGACAUUUACACCUACGUGGACAAGAGGCUGGUCGGAACGGGACUCUUCACCAAGCGCAUCCUGGUGGACAAAGCCGAUGAUAUCACCCUCACCUACAAGUACCCAGAAGGAAGCGUCGACGAAGAGAAGGCCAUGCAGACCGCCGAGAGCUUCGGCCUUGCCCGAGACCAACCGGCCGCCGCGGAUCCCGCGAUCACCGUCACCCUCUCCGUUGACCAGGUCUCCAUGGAGCUGGGGAUGGACGUGGAACUGAAGGUAGAGCUCCACAAUCGCGGCGACGCGGCCCUGACGGUGAAGGCGUUGCUGACGUGCGCCGUGGUCUUCUACACGGGCGUGGUGUCCAACCGUUUCAAAUCGGAGGCCCUGGAAGUCACCGUGGCGCCCGAUAAGAAGGAGACCGUGCUGGUGAAGAUCGAGGCUGAGGAAUACUUAAAACACAUGGGUUUCCAGCGCUUCCUGGCCUUCACUCUGGUGGGCAGCGGCGAUAGCGGCGGCCUCAAAGCCGUCAAGGUGGUCUACUUACGGGCCCCCGACCUCCAGCUGAAGGUGAGCGGGGUUCAAGCGGUCGGACAGGACAUGUUUGUCAACGUCUCCUUCACCAACACCUUCAAAUUCCCUCUCUACAACGUCACCGUGGCCCUAGAGGGCCCUCGGGUCAUGUCCAACAGGCAACGCUUCUACAAUAUCCUCCAACCUCAAGCUUCCUUUAACUGGAAGGAGUCCUUCGUACCGGAAACGAUGGGAAAGCGCACCCUGGUGGCCGUGAUGUCCAGCGCAAAUCUGUGCGAGAUCUGGGGAAAGAUCGAGUUCGUCGUGGAGGACAAACUCCACGUCGAAGAGGCCUCCGACUGA